AUGAUAUCAAGUAAAUUCCAAAAACCCAAGGCUUAUUCAAGCCGCUAUAAAACAGCCUGCAGCAAGCUUAAUACGCCUGCAAAUAACCAAAUUAUGUCAACUCUCAACAAAUAUGAAUUUUCCCUUAACUAUGAAACAAUUCAAGAUAGAGAUUUGAAGCCGCUUGGCAUAGCUUUGCCUCACCUGACGCAAAUCAAAAAAAUUAUCAUAAGCAACAAUAAUAAAAAUAAGCCAGAAAUUCCUUUUUCAAAACCUACAAAAAGAGGUUCAUCUACAGCAAGAAGCUCAAAACAGGCUAAUAAUUAUGACUCAAGCCCUGAGCAUUCAACUUUUGCAAAUUCAAAAGAAAAAGAGGAAUUUGAAAGUAAAAGAAAAAACAAAGGAAUUGCAAUUUUCAAAGCAAUUUCAGAGAAUUUAGAGCAUAAUAAGCAUCUAACUGUGCUAUAGAGGCUGCCUUUGAGUAGCGCUCUAAGCGCCCGAGACUUCCCGACGAAGUCUGGGCGGUGGUUUGACCAGCUGAUGUUGGUCAAACAAACAUCCAAAAUGACAAAUUCUUCUCAUACAGAAGGUUUGUCAAAUUGGAUGCUGGUUUGACCAACAUCAGCUGGUCAAACCACCGCCCAGACUUCGUCGGGAAGUCUCGGCGCUUAGAGCGCUACUCAAAGGGCAGCCUCUAUAGUUCUUGAGCAACUAAACAUUGAAAUGGAAGGAUGAGGCUUAUUGGGGAGAGGUUUCACAGCUAAGCUUCCAUUAAAUUAUUUAGCUAUUGUUGAAUGCAAGCUGAAAGAUAAAGAAUUUGCAUGCUUUGCCCCUUCGCUUGGGAGUUUAAGAUAUUUAGAAGCCUUAAAUCUGUCAAGAAAUGACCUUGAAGACUGCGGAUUUGAUAUUGCAAGAGUUAUAAGCAAAAACAAUGAAAGAAUUGAUGAAGGAAUAUGAGUUGCAGGACUGAGAGGAGAACAGCCUGAAAUGGUGGGGUAUGGAAAAGGGCUUGAUGAACUGGAUUUAUCAUACAAUAAAAUCAAAGACAAAACGAUAUAUGAUUUAUCCAGUGCCUUAUAUACAGAUACCAUAUUAAAAUCACUUGAUAUUUCAAACAAUAGCAUCUCUAUACAAGGUCUUCAAGAAAUUAUCAGCGUUUUAUACUCAAAUUCAACACUUUUGUAUGUAAAUAUUUUGGGAAACGGGGAUAAAAUACCUAUAAAUUAUGCAAAAGCUAUAUUAAAAAAGUUAAAAACCAACCUAAAAAGAUACAGAUUAAGAAGAAAUUAUUCAGGAGAUUGGGAACAAAAAAUUGCUAACAUUCAAAGCUCGCUUGGUCCAAUUUUAUUAACUUCAGAGCCAGCAAGUCCCAAAGCCUCUGAAAAAAGGCCAAAAGUUGUGUUUACGAACUCUGAGUCCCAAGUAUCAAAAGGCAUGACAUCAGAAACUCCUAUUGAUUAUGAAGACUGCCAAGAAGAAUUUCAAUCUGAGCCUGAUUUCUCUGAUAGUGAAUCUUCUUAUAUUCCACCCAGAAAAGGUCUUUUAGGUUAUGAUCACACUCCGCUACACGAGGCAGCAAGAAAAAAAUCGCCAGAAAGCUGCAAUAAAUGCAAGGAAUUCGAAAGAGCUUUAUUUAAAUCAGAAAGCACUUGCAUGGCUCUGACUGAAAAAAUAAAAAAAUUAGAAAACCGAAUCGCUGUUUUGGAGAGAAGAUCUCCUGAUAUAAAUAGACAGUCUCCUUUUGGUUAUCAAAGUUCAGUGCCUGAAAAUGAUAUAGAAACUUUGAAUAGAAUAGAUGAUAUGAUGAAAGAGUUGACAAAGCUAGUGGAUGCAUUUGAAAAAAGAAAUCCAGAAAAGUCAAAGAGUUUAUUUCGAUAUAAAUUAUAUUAA